UCGGUUUUGUUCUCAAGCUCGACGAGACCCCACCUGAAAAGCACUGACGACGGCAUAUAGAAUACACCGUUGGCACUGGGGAUGCAAGCUCCCGAAGGUGGGGAGACAGCCCCGCCAACCUCCCUGUACGUGUUUAUCAUUCCCUCUUUCGCCGAAUGGUCUUCAGUAGAGUACUAUCUGCAACUAGACUUCCAUAACAUCCAUAUCUUAUCCAUCGGACUUGUCCGAUCCGUCGGAUUCGCACCGAGAGCCGCCCAUUUCUCCUAUCUCCAGAUCUCAUAUCUUCAGGAUGAGUAGAAAUACGUCGGGGAUCCCAGGAGCUUUACUGCUCCAAUUGCCUUGGCUUGAUCUGCCUCGACUGAAAUAAUUAGAGGGAUGAGGAACUGGUGAUACUACCCAAUUCCAUUUUUCAUAAUUCGUUUAAGAUGGGCUACUGGAGCGAAGUCUUCUCCUCCUCCUACGGCAAAGACAAGCCCAAGUUCUUCUGGUGGUAUCCCGCCGGCACGUCCAAAGCCGAGAAGAAACUCCUCACGAAAGUCGACUUCUUCAUCCUCAGCUAUGCGUGUUUGGGGUACUUCUGCAAAUGGCUGGAUCAAGCCAACCUCUCCAACGCCUUCGUCAGCGGCAUGAAAGAAGACCUGCACAUGUACGGCAACGAAUUCAACCUCGCAAACACGUGCUUCCAGGUCGGCGUCAUCCUCGGCGGCAUCCCCUCCAACUUGCUCUUGACCUGGGUACCGCCGCGGUACUGGCUACCCGGGUGCGAACUCGCAUGGGGACUGAUCACUAUCGGCACGUACAAGGUUACCUCGUACAACCAACUCUACCCGCUCCGCUUCUUCCUCGGUCUCCUCGAGGGGACAAGCUUCGUGGGUGUGCAGUACGUCCUCGGGAGCUGGUACAAGCGCACGGAACUGGGGAAGCGAACCGCGAUUUUCGCGUGCGCGCCGUACGCGGGGACAGCGUUUGGCGGGUACAUCUUCAGCGGCGUGAAGGCGAGCAUGGAUGGGAAGGAUGGGUUGGCGGCGUGGCGGUGGGUGUUUAUUAUCGAUGGGAUCAUUACUAUUGCUGUGGCGAUCUACGGCUUCAUAGUCUUCCCCGAUACCCCCGAGGCGACGACAGCGUUUUAUCUGAAUCCGGAGGAGAGGCAGCGGUGUUGCGAUCGCCUGGUGGAGGAUGAACGCGAGCCGAUUGGGGAUUUCUCGUGGGGGCUGUUUUCGAGGGUUGUGAAGAGUUGGCAGUUUUAUAUUUUGACGGUGUUGUGGAUGUUCUGGAACACGACUGUUGGAAAGGUCGCGAACACGGUCUUCCAGCUCUUCCUGAAAAAAGAUAAGGAGCACACGUGGUCCAUCUACCAGGUGAACAACAUACCGACUGCUAUCAACGGGUUUAAUAUCGUCAUGGUCAUGGCGGCGAAUAUCUACGCUGAUGCGACGGGGAGGCGGAUGGUGAUGAUAAUGAUAAACUUGGGCAUCCUCCUCUUUGGCACAAUCUGCCUCGCAAUCUGGGACAUCCCUCUCGGGCUCCGGAUCGCUUCCUACCUUUUUGCGGGCUGCGAUGGGCCCCUUAGCCCUAUGUUCAUGGCAUGGGCCAACAUUCUUUGCGGAAACGAUAAACAAGUCCGCGCAAUGACGAUCGCGGUGAUGAAUUCGUUCGGAAAUGCCCUUACCACCAUCAUCCAACAAUUCCUUUAUCCGGUGACGGAUGCGCCAAAGUAUAAGAAAGGAUUUCCGGCUAGCUUGGCGUUCAUCUGUGGAAUGGCAGGGUGGGUGUUUGUGGUGAGAUAUUUUGAACUGAGGACGCUGAAGAGGAAAGAGUUGGAUGGGGAAGAGGUGGGCGAGAUAGACAGUCAGGGGAAGGGAUGGACGGGAGAGGCGAAGGGGAAGGCUGGUAGUGUGACUGUAGGUGCGGUGAAGGAGCUGGAGGGAUAG